AUGCCCUCGCCCAUGUCCUCGCCGAUCCCCUCGCCUCUCCGAACCCGUCGCUCGACGGGCCUCGACGUGCCGGCUGCUUUGUUCCACGGGUCGCUGACGUCGCUCGUGUCGGAAGGGCCGCCCAUCAUCCCGCCGAGGAGUCCGAACCGCAGCCCCAACGCCAGCUACGUUGCGCUGCCGCUACCGCUGUCCCCGCCGCCGUCGCCGCCGCCGGCACCCGUCACCAAGGUGACCAUCAUCAGCAUAAUCAGGGAGGAGGUGCCGAUCGACUUGGACCCGUCGACGGCCAGCUCCAGAACGAGACAGACCGCCCGCAGGCAGCACGUGUUGACGCGCACCCUGGGCUACAGGGACUUGCUGCGGUCGAGCAGCACCACCACCACGGCCUCGCACUCCUCCUCGCCCUCUGCGGCGGCGGCGGGGAGCGACAAGGUCAAGGCAUCGCCGGACUCGGCGCGGCCGGGCGGCAAGACGGCGAGAAAGACGCCCAAGCGCGACAGCGUGGCCAGGAUCGCCUGGCUGUGGGCCGAGGGCUGGCGGGCUAGACUGCGUGGGGGUGGGGACGUCGUUGAGCGGGCGCGCUGGGAGUGGAAGCUCGAGGACGAGGGGGCGCGCUACCAGAAGGAGGCCAGGGUGACGGCUGCCCACGGGAGGAGGGAUGAGGGGAUUGUGAACCGAGACGGUGAUGAAGUUGUUGGGAGGCGGGCAAGCAGGAAGAGUGUUCGUUGGGCCAAGGACUGUUGA